AUGGAAAGAAAAUUGAAAUAUUUAUGAAUCGGAAAUCAGCAAACAAGAGAACCCUUACACAUAGUUAGAUAUGGAAAAGCUCUCUGUCCGAAGAUCCUUAUUCCCUUUCCAUAGCGCUCCACUCAUCCACUUCACCGACAAUUGUUGCAUGACCUUCAAGUCUUGCCCUGCAAGUGCAUGCUGGAAAGUUUGGGUUUGGCUUCUUGAAUAUUUGAAAAACAAAUUUCUGAUUACCUGCUGGCCAAGAUGAAAAUUUGUAGUCCACGACGACGCCUGGUAAUACGCUGGGGAACGUUCCCAAUCGACUAGGAGGAAGCUCAUUGCUACAAUACCCAUUUCCAGCUCCGAACUCCAUCUCCUCCAAGGUAAAACCUUCACCUAGAUGUGAACUUGCGGACCGCCAACUCGGACAUUGCGCUCCAGCAGACCAAGUAAAACCUGGCCGGAUGCGCAUACCAAACGCCGAAACUCUCUUCCACAAGGUCCCUGGGUCUCCCCAGUUGCAGGUGCUAUGAGUUUGGGUUGGUUCGCACGCCAUUUAUAUGUAUAUACAAGCAAAAGAACCACUAUUCAAAUUUUCAUGAAACAAUGAAUUAGCUGACCAAACUUACCAACAAUUUUUAGAAAUUCUCAAUAAAGAAUCCUUUUCCAAUAAUCUUAAAAUUAUAAUUUCAGAUUUUGAUGAAUGAUAUGGAAAAGUUACAGACAAUUUUCUUUUCAUAAUUUUAACAGAUCAAAAUAGUGAAUUUGCCUUUAUGUGUAAAAUAUUCGGAAAAUUGGAAAGGCUAUUCCGCGCUUAUCAAUAUGAAUCUGAUUUAGACAUUUCUAAUCAAAACUGGAUAAGAGACUUGUGAAGGCUGAAGGAGAAAUAUGAAACUGAAAAUAAACCUGAAACCAUUGCAGUAAUAGAUAUGAAACUAAUAGAAGUUAACUUGCUCAGAGAAAUCAAUAUUGAAAGACCUUAUUUAAAUAGAAAUUUAAUAGUGACAGAAAUUGGUCUCCGAUGCGCACUUCCUCUGGAGCAGGUUGGGCACAAAUGAUGAAGCUGAAAAUAGAGCCUCUGUCCUUUUUGAAGUAGAGCUUCGGAUUUGGGGAUGCCUUGAUGAAGAGAGAAAUUUUGUUUCUCCCUGAAGGUUUUCCUGUCCUGACAGAUGGACUAGACAGAUUUUGCCUCUUGCAUAGUCUUUUUAUAUCAAGACUAUCGGAGCACCCUACAGAGGGUGGCUCAAAUCUAGGGAUCAGAUCCUUAGGCUAGAUUAGUUUCGCCAGAAAAUUCAAGAGGGUGGAAUUUUGGCUAUGACUUACGCCCCUUGCUCUUUGGUUUAUACGCCCCUCACGUAGGCCGCUUUCUCAGAGUGAAGGCAGUCCUCUUAUAUUGUAUAAUAAUUUUUAAACUUUAUCUUAUCUAGAUGAUUUGAGUGAAAGUCUAGAAUACAAUUAUGAUAGAAUAAAUAGGAUUGAUGAAGUCUCAUUCGAUACAGAAAUUUACAUAAAUCAAAAUCAGAAUAGGCUUUGGAAAGAAUUAAUGCCAAUUGCUAUUGGAGUCAUAGUAUUUUUAUCUAUAUUAGGCUUAAUGCUUGCUGCAUCAGCUUCUUUUAAGCCAGAAAGCAGUCAUGGAUUAUAG